AAAUCGAAAGAGAAGAGGGAGAAGUGACGCUAAGAACAGCGACCUCAGGCGCAUUCAGACGCGCAGAGGAGCCGAAGUCAGAUCCAGGAUGGCGCUAUCAAAUGUCCUCGAAACUCCUGCAGCUGGGUUUAAUUUCGACAACGCAGCAAGAAAUGCUGCAUUAGAGGGUAUUUUUGAUGGAGGACAGACACCUAAACCGAUGAAAACAGGCACCACGAUAGCAGGAGUGGUGUUCAAGGAUGGGGUGGUGCUGGGAGCAGACACAAGAGCCACCUCGGAUGAUGUGGUGGCCGACAAGAUGUGUGCUAAGAUCCACUACAUUGCUCCAAAUAUAUACUGUUGUGGAGCAGGUACAGCGGCAGAUACAGAAAAGACCACAGAGCUGCUCUCCUCCAACCUCACCAUCUUCUCCCUGAACAGCGGCAGGAAUCCUCGUGUCAUCAUGGCUGUUAACAUUUUACAGGAUAUGUUGUACAGGUAUCACGGUCAAAUUGGUGCCAAUCUUAUACUGGGAGGAGUUGAUUGCACUGGGAACCACCUGUACUCAGUGGGUCCAUAUGGCAGUGUAAAUAAAGUGCCCUAUCUUGUAAUGGGAUCUGGUGCUCUGGCUGCUCUUGGGAUUCUCGAGGACGGGUUCAAACCUGACCUGGAGCUGGAGAAGGCAAAGGAGUUGGUGCGUGUUGCCAUUCACGCUGGCGUCAUGAAUGACCUCGGCUCGGGCAACAACAUCGACAUCUGUGUCAUCACCAGGCAAGGAGUGGACUACAUCAGACCCUGCCAGGUGUCAGAGUACAAAGACAACAGGAAAAUGAAAUACAAAUAUCGUCCAGGCACGACACCGGUUCUGACGGAGAAAGUAGUCCCUUUAAAGCUGGAGAUUGUCCAGGAGACCGUGCAGCAGAUGGAUACAGCCUGAGCGCUGUCACACAACAUAACAACACCAUAUUCAGUAGUAAAAGUCUUUCAUUUAACCACUUUUUUAUUCAUUUGUUUUUAAAUAUAAGUGAAAGAUUUCAGACAUUUGAUCAACACUGUCAUGGUUUCAGCUGUGCUGCUAUGCUUCACUGGGAUGUGGAAUAAUUCAGAGAUGCUGCCAGAGUUACUGCAGUACUACAGUAAGCAGAGAAACUGCUACAAGGUCAUAAUAAGAACAUUGUAAUAUGUUUUUACAAUAUAAAUCAGAAUAAAAAUCAUUGAAUAAAAUUG